GACGUGGACUUGAUUCGACUGGACUAGAUUCGAAUCAUUAAUAGUACAGCCCAGCCGAGGAGAUGGAUCAUCUUUUAUGGAUUGCGAUCCUAUUUGGAGUUCUGGGUGCUAUCUCGUGUUCCAGUUCAGGAAGUGAAAGUGUCUCAAAUCAAUCCUCAAUCAACGUUCGUCGGCGGAGAGAGUUCCCAUUCUACGCGCUCGGACGAAUCCCGAACACGAUCUGUACCGGACUUGACGGUUUAUCGGGAACAUGUCAAAUUCGAGGCGAAUGUGCUGCAAAUGGAGGAAUCGCAUCCGGACGUUGCAGCACUCUCACCACACAGGCUGUGUGUUGCGUUUACAUUAGCACGUGUGGUGGAUCUGGAUCAAACAAUAUAACAUAUUUCCAAAAUGUGGGUUAUCCUACGCCUUACAAUGGUGGCGGAAGCUGCACGUAUACCGUAGUCCCACCGGACAAUACCAUCUGCCAGUUGAGAGUCGAUUUCAGUGCUUUAACACUUUCGCAACCAAGCACCGAUGGAACGUGUAAUGUAGAUAACAUCCAGAUAUCGGGUGGCAGUUCUCCAGUACCGACCAUAUGCGGUGAUAACAACGGCCAGCACGUUUAUGUCGCAUUCAGUGGGACAAGUUCGAUCUCUAUCACUGUAUCUACCACUGCGGCUACGUCGUUCAACCGAGUGUGGAAUCUGCAGCUGAGCUUGAUUUCGUGUACCAGUGCAUACGCAGCUCCUGCAGGAUGUCUGCAAUACUACUUGGAUAGCUCUGGAAUUGUGCAAAGCUUUAACUACGGAUCUACAGCGAAUCCCACAGCUGGAGCAAUAGUCGGUACUCGACAAAUGCCCAACCUAAAUUACGGAAUUUGCAUUCGGUCGGGCGCAGGACAAUGUUCAAUAACCUAUACCCCGCCUUCAACAGAUUUAUUUGCGUUUACAUUGACGGGAGAUGUGCCUGCAUCGACAGCAAUGGUAGGUACCGCUGCAGGCGGUAUGCAAGGCGCUGACUGCACAACGGAUUAUCUGAUUAUUCCAAAUCCUACAACCGGAGCGAACGAUAGAUUCUGUGGAAUGGGAAUAGCAGCUACUACCAGUAACACGGCUCCGUUUGUUUUGUACUACAUUACCAAUGCCGAUGAAGCGAAUGAUGUUGGAAACAGAGGUUUCAGCUUCCAAUACGCUCAAAAUGCAUGCCCGAUCUCUGUUGGGUAAAAGAUAAAAAGUAAAUAUAAAUAAACGUUUUAAUUUGUACGGUGAUUGA